UUUUCCUGCGUAUGCAGGUGGCUGCCACAUUGAACAACCUGGCCGUUCUUUAUGGCAAACGAGGGAAGUACAAGGAAGCAGAGCCUCUGUGUAAAAGGGCACUGGAGAUCAGAGAGAAGGUGCUAGGAAAGGACCACCCUGAUGUUGCCAAGCAGCUGAAUAAUCUGGCCUUGCUGUGUCAGAACCAAGGCAAGUAUGAAGAGGUGGAGUACUACUAUCAGAGGGCCCUGGAGAUCUACCAGACCAAACUGGGCCCUGACGACCCCAAUGUGGCCAAGACCAAAAACAACCUGGCUUCCUGCUAUCUGAAGCAGGGGAAGUUUAAGCAGGCGGAGACUCUGUAUAAAGAGAUCCUCACCAGAGCCCAUGAGAGAGAGUUUGGCUCUGUAGAUGGUACGU